GUUCCUUCCUCUGCUCCUCUCUGCAGAGCCAUGUCGUUCCCCAAGGCUCAGCUCAAGCGCUUCAACGAGGUGCCAACUUGUGCCCCACCGCCAGGCUCUUAUGAUGUCAAAUCUUCAGACACAUCAAAAGGUCCUGUGUCUUUUGAUAAGUCUCAACGGUUUACAAAGCAGAUGGGGGACAUUGCAACUCGGCAGAAUCCCAGCAAUAUGAAACCGCUACCUUCCCCAGUAUGUACAAGAAAAAUGCAGUCUCUUGGUUCAAAGCCAGCUACUUUGGGGAUGAAGCCAGAGAAGGAUUUGGCCCUCAUGAAAGACUUGAGAAAACAGAAGGAAUUGGAAAAGGAGAUCCGUGUGCUUGUUGCAGAACACGGCCAGCAGGAUAAAAAAAUACAAACUCUGGAGGAAGACCUUGCAAAACUGGAAUCAAAGCUCUCUGCUGCCAUUAGGGAGAAAACCUCUCUCUUGGCAAAUGUUGCUUCUCUGGAAAAGCAGCUUCUGGAGCUGACCAGAACAAACGAAUUGUUAAAAACGAAGUUCUCUGAAGAUGGAACACAGAAGAAAAUGAACAAUCUGUGCAUAGAGUUAAUGAAGCUCAGGAAUCUGAUGCAUGCAAAGAAGACAGCCGUUGCUAAGCGAGAAGAUAUGGAACUUAAACUGCAGACUGUCCAAAGAACCUUAGAGCAUUCAACAGAAAAAGUAGCACAACUAGAAGAACAACUAAUGGCAACUGAGAUACACGCUGAAGAGAAAUAUGAUUCAGAUAAACUUUUGGAAUAUGUUGCAGAACUGAGCAAUGCUGCAGAGUUAGUAGAUAAAUACAAGCUGGACAUUAUCCAUUUAGAGGAAAUAAUAGAAGCAAAGAAUAAGGAAAUUGAAGCACUUCAGACUUCUCUUCAGCUUAUAGAAACUACACUGUCUUCACAAAUUAAAGAGCUGCAAGAAAAAUGCAAGAAGGUUGAACAGCAAAAAGAGGAACUUAGAGAAAAGGAACACAGUGUGAAUACUGAAAUUCAGCGCUUGAAAGAACAGCUGAAUUUAGAAGAAGAGGAACACCAGAAGCAAAAGAGAGCCUAUGAGGAGUGCUCUGCUGCAAUGCAUCAGAAGUUGCUUGCAUUUCAAGAAGAGGUGACUAAAGAGAAACAAAUUCUAGAGAGAGAACUAAGAGACACCAUGGAUGAGUUGGAUAAACUGCACACUAAGGAAAGCAAAGUUGAGAAGAUAUUGAAGCACCUAGAACAAGAGAAUAGGUCUCAGAAUGAGAAGCUAUUACAGCUGCAAGCAACACUGCAAGGGAAAAAUGCUGAGUUAGAAAAAAUGGCUGACAUGCACAGAAGUGCUAUUGUACAGAUGAAAGACGAGCACAGCAAUACACUAUGCAAACUUGGAGAGACCAUUGCUGAAUUUGAAACUUACAAAGCUCAUGUGUCUGAAGAAAUGACAUGCGUCAGACAGGAGAAAACUUCACUGCAAGACCAGUUAACCGAAAUCAACAAAAUGGCUCAGCAUUCAGCUCAAGUGAUACAAGAGGUGCAACGUGCUAAAGAAAAAGCAAAGGAAGAAUAUGCCAGGAUGCUCCUCGAUGCUCAGACCAAAUUAGCAUUAAGGGAUGCAGAAGUUAAAAGAAUAAAAGAAUCGAGCAUUGCACAAAUUGCCAACUUAGAAGCAAGACUAGAAGAUCAAAAUGAAGAUUUCAAGAAGCAACUUGAACUGGAAAGGAAAACCGUAGCAGAAAAAGCAGAAGCUGAUUUCAGAGAGAACAUAAAAACCUGGCGCAUCCUGUAUGAAGAACUGUAUAAUAAAGUGAAACCAUUUCAGCAACAACUUGAUGCAUAUGAGGCAGAGAAAAAUGCCCUUGUGAAUGAACAUGGUGCUGCCCAAGAAGAGCUGAACAAACUUAGCGAUGCAUAUGCUAAGUUGCUGGGCCAUCAGAAUCAAAAGCAGAAAAUCAAACAUGUAAUGAGGCUGAAAGAAGAAAAUGCACAGAUGAGACAGGAGGUAUCAAGGCUGCGCACUCAACUAGCAAAGGAAAAACAAGCACAAGGAGACCUUCAGGAGCAACUGAAUAGGAUUCAGGGCAUCAAGCGAUUUGAUCCUUCUACAGCUUUUCAGCAUUCCACCAAGGAAAAUGUUGAUCCCAAAACACCAUUUAAAGAAAGUAACAGAAACAAAAGCUGAGGUGCUCUGUGCUGAACUGGAACCAAUGUACUUGAGGUGCUGCCCUAGAGACUUCAAGACUCAUUGCUUGAGAAAAAAUUUUGUUUUGCUGUAGUACUGCAUCGUAUGGAAACUUGGAAGUAUAUAUUUGAAGACUUCUAUGUUCAGCUGACUGGUGUGCACAUCCUAGCGAAGCUUUCUCUUAAAAAAUGUGUCUAGGCAAUAAAGCAACCAAUCGCAACACUUUGGUUUUUUUAAAGGGUACUUUUGUUUCUUUUGCAAGGAGAGUUGGCCACAGUGCUGCCGUACUUGAUGUAGAAACAAGACUAGUGAAAAUCUUUUAGAAUCUCCGUGCAGUUUUGCUGAUAUUAAAUUCUGGAAGUUGCCAACAGACUUGUUUAUAUCAUUGGUAGAUAAUUCAAGACUGAAUUGUACAUGGAACUUCUUAUUAUGAAGUUAAGGGUGUACUAUAGAUCUUAAUUUUUGUUAAGAUAUCUAAAACUAGCUCUAGCUUAUAGUUUUGUUAUAUUACUCAGCUUGGAUACUAACAAAACAAUGUAAGUCGAAUAAACAUUUUUUUAAAUCUGUGAUUAAA